AACCGCCAUAAAAAACACCAACGAAGAAGAAGAAAGACAAAGUCCCUCCCGUCCGCCAGGUGGCAGUGACGUCAGCAGCUAAGCAACCGUGAGUAUAAAGGAAGGACAGCGGAACUCUACUGGGAAAUACUGUUAAGAAACAGCACGAUCAGCUCUGUGGUAAACAUGGGCCGCCACUUUGGAGACUUGGCCAAGAUCAGGCACAUAGUCACAUACAGCCUGUCCCCCUUUGAGCAGAGGGCUUUCCCCAACUACUUCUCCAAGGGAAUCCCCAAUGUGUGGAGACGUGUCACAGCUUCUUUCUUCAAAGUUGCUCCCCCAAUGACCGUCAUGUACCUGACAUACACCUGGGGCAACCAUGUCUAUCAGCAGGACAUGAGGAAGAAUCCAGCUGACUACGAGAAUGACGAGUGAACUCCUGCCACCUUUCUGAAAGCUGCCCUCUGUUAUUAAUUCCAUCUCUAUGUUUCACCAAUAAAGAAGAAAAAUAUUUAUGUGAAA